GAACGCCGACUGUGUUAAUCGAGGUUGUUGCUUGAAUGAACAAUAUCAAAUAUGUCAACUAACAUUGCUCCAACGAUUGGAAAGGGGGCAAAAACAGUCAGAAAAUCCAAAGCAAAGUGUAAAGAUUCAAAGGUUGUAACAAGGAGUGCUCUCACGUCACCAUAUGCAAUAGAAUGGCCACCUCUCCCGAGUGGAGUAACUCCAGAUAUUUUAUCAGAAAUUCAAAGAACAUUCCAGCCUUUGCAAUGCCUACUUGGAAAACGAAAAUGCAAGAAUCGGAAACAGACCAAGAAACGGGAGGCAGAAACGGAAAAUAAUCCAGAAAGAAGGAAAGAAGAACAAAGAAGAUCAGCACUGAGGUCACAACUUGCGCUUGGGGUCAACGAAGUCACCAGAUCGUUGGAGAAAGAUCAGCUCCAGCUUGUCAUGGUCUGUCGGUCAGCUAAGCCUGACCUUAUGACCUCUCAUCUCCCGACCCUCAGUGCAACUCGAGGAUGUCCUGCCAUAGCAGUGUUUCAUCUCAGUAAUACCUUAUCUCCUCUCUUGAACAUGAAGACCGUCCUUGCUAUAGGUUUCAGAAAACCUUCUAAUGAUGGAGCAAACCAAGACUUUGCGGGUCUUGUGUCUUACGUCAGUGGAAAGUGUCCUGACAUCAGCAUUCCCUGGAUGGACAUGAAGAACCUUCCUCUGGAGGAACUAGCAGCAGAACUCUCCAAAGAUAUCUUCAGCCAUCAGAAGACUUCCACCAUUGACCCAGUUGCAUCGACUGGGGAGUCCAACACAGUUCGCAAAGACUUCCAGAUGGAAACACAAGUACAGGAAGGUACCGAAAGGACAGUUGGCACUGGGCUCGUUCAAAAAGGUGAAAGCAAUAUGGACAACCAAGCAGGAAUGACCAAAGAUACAAUUGGAAGUAUCGUGAAAGAAAGAGACUUGCUUGGAAAUCAAGUGGCUGAGAACCCCUGCCAAAGUGAGAACACUGCUGUUGAUCCAUUUACACUACAAGCUCAAGGAAUAAAGAAAAGGAAGCUGUCGGAAAUAGCCACCUCGCCCGGAAGCAAUGAUUCCAAGAGCAAGCGGAACAAGACGACAAAGAUGCCAUACAAGCCUGCAAAUGUUAAGCAUGUCAAGGUUACUAGUAAAGCAUCAAAAGGGAAGAAAGGCAAAGGGAAAAGAGGUAAAAAGAAGUGAAUUAUGUUAAGAACAGCAAAAUUGUGAGUUCUUAUCCUUCUCUUUUUAUUUUAUGGACAGUGAGGUUUUAGACAAUGAUCACAAUCGUUGAUUAAGUGCCAAACAUUUAAUGAAGGAAUAUCAUGAUUUGCAAAGUCUGCAAAUGUUAAGCAUGUCAAGGUUAUCAGUAAAGCAUCAAAAAGGAAGAAAGGCAAAGGGAAAUGAGGUAAAAAGAAGUGAAUGAUGUAAAGAACAGCAAAGUUGUGAGUUCUUAUCCUUUUCUUUUUAUUUUAUGAACAGUAAGGUAUUAGACUAUGAUCACAAUUGUUGAUGAAGUGCCGCAUAUUUAAUGAAGGAAUGUCAUGAUUUGACUCAAUGCUGCAGAAGGGGCAAUGUUUUACAUUUAUAGGUCAACACACUGCAAACCAUCAAAAGCUGGUGCUAUAACACUACACAUACAAGAGCAGUAAAUACAUAUCAUGCCGCAUGACAUUUGCUCUGGGGACAAUUUCUCUGCUGUGAAUUCCGGAACGGAAUGAAUAACUUCAAGCCAGGAUUUAAUACUAUACCCUACGCUAUCCCCAAACCUAACUUCAACCCUAACCCGUACCCUAUAUCUCAGAUGAAAUUAAGCCUGGAGCAAUUGUCACCUGUGGAGCAAAUGUUUUGUCACCAUUUUGUCAAUUCAGUGUCUUUUGGGGUUUUAUUCAACAGAGUGUAUACAUGUACUACAUGUAAUACUUUUUGUUGAAAAUCGUUUUACCAUUCCC